CACUGUCUCAGCGCUCCAUCUCAGCGGCGGCUGCGAAGAGGAUUCUCCACAGCGCUCAGACAUGAAGUUACUGGCCGUUUGUAUCUUUGGGAUUUUUGCGUGCUUUUCCCCCGUGUCCUCCGGUGACAUUUCCACCUCAGCAGACGUGGCAAAGACAACCGAUGCCGUGAGGACGCGGGACCGGAACGAAAUGUUCCGGGUCAGAAAGGCGCCUCGGUUCAUGAUGGAGCUGUACGAUGCGGUUGCUCUGAAAAACACCAGAGUGCUGGAGGGAAAUAUCGUAAGAAGCUUUGAAGGACGGUCCAGCGGCGCGUAUCGCUUCUUCGAUCUGACGUCUUUCAGAGCGGACGAGCGCGUCCUCAGAGCGGAAUUCCGAUGGCUUCGUCGUCAACCGCCUUUUAUGGGACGCCAUCGUUUUCACAAAGUUGACCUGUACGAAGCGCUGGACAGCAGACCUAAACCUUGGCGAGGAAACUUGAUAAGCUCGAGGUUAUUACCCGUCUACGCCAAAGGAUGGGAGGUCUUCAACGUCACACAAACGGUGUCCAGAUGGAUUCUUAACAGCGGUACAAAUAGCGGUAUCCUGGUGGUGACUGUUUUACCUUCAGGUAACUGGUUUGAGUCCAGCGUUCAGAUGAAGGAGCAGUCAGAUGAAGCAAAUGCAUAUUUGGUUAUAUAUUCAGAUGAUGGACGAAAGCACUACCAACAGCCACCUUUCUACACAGGACAAAAUAUCACCAAAUCCCUUAAUCUCCUGGAGCCUAUAACAAGUUUAGUGAAGUCGACAGUGCGCAGCCGCAGGAGUGUGAGUGCAUUAACCUCUACCUGCCAGAGAACGAACCUCUACGUGGACUUCACUAAAAUCGGCUGGUCAGGGUGGAUAAUAUCUCCAAGAGGUUAUAACGCGUACAGCUGCACAGGCUCCUGUCCGUUUCCGCUGGGCGAAGGUCUGCGGGCCACGAAUCACGCUACUGUGAGAUCCAUCAUGAACGCACUGAAACUAUCACAGGAAGCGGGGAGACCCUGCUGCGUUCCAGACGCCCUUCACCCCAUCAGUCUCCUGUACUUCGACGACGAGGAAAAUGUUGUUCUGAAACAGUACGAUGACAUGGUUGCUGGCAGUUGUGGCUGCCAUUAAAACGUCCAUUCAUCUGUUGAUGUCUCACGUCACUUAGAUGCCCUCUUAAAAGUAAAGGUGCUUCGUGACAGUUUUUGUCUAAAUGGCUCCACUUGGUUUCACUUUCUGUUUCACAAAAGCUUCUUUGUGGCAAAAGAAGGUCCUUUAGAUUAUAAAAAGGUAUAAAGAGAUCACAACCUUGCAAGCACCUUUUAUUUUUAUGAGUGUGGCAUUAACAUUAGUUGAUAUUUGUGUGGGUAUUUGUAUGUCAAAACCAAAUUAAAGAUGUUUCGUGCAAAAAUAUGAUAAUAUCUUUACUUUGAGUGAAAGAUGUGUUUUGAGGCUUGGAAAUUUCAGAAUGAAGCAAAGUUCAGCUACCACAA